AUGGCUGGAUCACCCUGCGAAUCCCCUUCAAGCUUUGUCAUGGCUCAUUUAGCCUACGCGGUUAUUGGUGCCGCCUAUCUUUGGCCAUGGAACGUGAUGUUGGCGGCUGGUCCGCUUGUUUUUAAACAAUUGGAAGGGUAUCCUGGACUCCAAGCAAAUUACAGCUCCAGUGUGAUGACGGCAAACACGGUUGUCAACAUAGUCGUAACUAUCUAUUUGGCGUCCCGACCAACCAAUUUUGCUAAUCGCGUUACUUAUGGUCUGCUUGUAACUGGCGCAGUGUUUUUAGUGCUGGCGUUAAGUUGUAUAAUUGAGCUACCGCCCCCCGUACGCUUUACCUUGAUUCUUGGUUUUGUAGCUGCAAACACAAUCGGUGUGUCGGUGGUGCAGAAUGGAAUUUUGGCGAUCGCUCAGCGCAUUACGGGAGGUGCGCACAUGCGAUCACUGCUAAUCGGUCAGUCUGUUGCUGGUGUGGUUCCUCCAAUACUUUCUUUGGCGGUUGGAUCAACGACUAUUUCACCCGCCUUCAUCGGUCUCUUGUUUUUAUCGGCUACUGCACUGGCGCUGCUUGCGAUCCGCCUACUCAGGCAUGACAAUAUGAUUGAGCACAUUGAACUAUCUCAGGGCGAAGGUCAAAAGCUGCCGCCAUGGGAUGUAUUGAAACGCAUGAACAACGAUAUGUACUAUCCUGCUCUGGCAAUUAUCUUGGGCUUUGGGAUCACUCUAUCGUAUCCGGUGUUCGCAAAUAAUGUGAGCUCCUCAAACACACCACUGAGGAUCUUUGCACCCUUAACCCAUCUCGUCUGGAACGUCGGUGAUCUGCUGGGUAGGGUUAUGUGUCAGUACAGACCCAAUCUGACAAUCAAAUCCGAGAAACUGCUAUUGCCAUACGCCUGGUCGCGCGGCAUCUUCGUGAUACUGCUAAUUUUUUUGGCAAGAGCCGGGAACCCUGUAGAUUUAGUCUACGAGCUCCUGCAGUUCCUUUUCGGCAUCACUAACGGUCACUUGAUCACCUCCGCAGUUUCGGUCGCCCGGGACUGUGUGGAGGAGACCUUGCAUAGCGCUGCAGGAGGUUUGAUAGGGUUUUACAUUGCAGUUGGUCUACUGUUGGGCUCACUGGGUAGUUUCGUAACCAUAAGCCUGCUAUAG